CCAACAUGACUUCCGUUAGCCUAAGUAGGAAGUCCCUCUCAUCGCCUUAGUUACCGGGAAGCGAGAGUUACGACGUGUAACACCGGAAAAAGGAGGGGGCGCGGUGAGGAGGAAACUGAAGCUUGCCGGGAAAAGGUUUGCCUUGGCCGCCUUGUGCAGUAAGGACCGCCAGAGUCCACGAGCGGGACCACCGGCGCCCCAGAACUACAAUUCCCAGAAUGCCAUGGUGCAGGCUCCUCAGCGGAUGCAGUCUCCGGCUCCGGGCACUUCAGGCUGGGCUGCUGGGCGACAGUGGACUCUGCGCUCAUGGCUUCCCCGAGCAAGGCAGUCAUUGUUCCCGGGAAUGGAGGCGGAGAUGUGGCCACCCACGGCUGGUACGGCUGGGUAAAGAAGGGGCUGGAGCAGAUACCUGGUUUCCAGUGUUUGGCUAAAAACAUGCCUGACCCAAUUACAGCUCGAGAGAGCAUCUGGCUGCCCUUCAUGGAGACGGAGCUGCACUGUGAUGAGAAGACUGUCAUCAUAGGCCACAGUUCUGGGGCCAUUGCAGCCAUGAGGUAUGCAGAAACACACCGAGUAUAUGCUAUUGUUUUAGUGUCUGCAUAUACCUCCGACUUGGGGGAUGAAAAUGAGCGGGCCAGUGGAUACUUCAACCGUCCCUGGCACUGGGAGAAGAUCAAAGCCAACUGCCCUCACAUUGUGCAGUUUGGCUCCACUGAUGAUCCUUUCCUUCCCUGGAAGGAACAACAAGAAGUGGCUGAUAGGUUGGAAGCCAAAUUGUACAAAUUCACUGACCGUGGCCACUUUCAGAACACGGAGUUUCAUGAACUGAUUAGUGUGGUAAAGUCUAUGCUGAAAGUACCAGCAUAGACAGGAUGAUUUCUGUUGUUUUGCACUCCGGUGUAGGGGUAGAGCAAUUAUCAGGUUAUUAAUAGAUAAAAAUCAUCUGUGAUCAGAUGAUUAGUGGACACAUAAAACAGAUCAAAUUAAGUUCUGAAAAAAACACAAGUUCAGUGUUCAAACUAAGUUACAAACAGCAUUUCCAUUUUCCAUAGGAUCUGUAUCUCGCAAACUGCUAUGAACUAAAGCACUAUUUUUCCCAUUUGAUUCAGGACAUAAAGACAGCUUAACUACCUUUAUCUGUCCAGAAUGAGUAAGCAGAAAUGGAAUCCACAUUUCCUGAUUCCCAGCCCAGAUUAAAAUUAAGUAGUUUUGUGUAUGUUGUAGGAGUAGUGCUCCUCCUUGAAAUGAACCUUUUGUUAUUUGGGGGGAAAAGAAAACAUGACUAAAGGUCCAGAGUAGUGGCUUAGAUCUCAAACCACCCCAUUAUUUUGAGCUAGCCCAGGACAUCAAACCCAGACCAGGGCCUCUGUCUUUGACACCCUGCCCUGAUCCUUCAUGUUGAGGGAGAAUGAUCCAUAUGGAUCUAAGAGUCAGGAGUCGGCCAGGUCAGACAGGGACCAUAAGCCCAGCCUGGACAUACACAUGAGCAUAGCCAACCAGAUCUGUGCUAGACCAGAGUGGUGGGGAUUAGGGCAACAUGGGGAACUCCUGCCCUGUCUAAAUUGUUGCCAUGUGGAAAGGGGACAGGGUGUUGCCAGUUUUCCGAUUUUUUGAGGAAAAAAACUUCAUGCAGUGGUUUUUAUAUUUAGGGACUACAUAUGUUUGUAUACACAGUUCAUAUGUACAUAUGCAUAUGGAUGAUGUAAGUUGGCAAUGACAGUGCAAAUAAAAAAUUUAGAAAUACUGCAAGACACACAAAGUCCAAGACACCCAUUUGUGACCUCUGCCAUUAGGAUUAACUUAGCCAGGUGCUCUAAGUGAUUCUCUGUGAAGCUGAGAAAUGAACAUAAUGCCAAAGGAUGCGAUCAUGGCAACAAUUUGGAUUUUGUAACAAAAUCUUAAGUAUUUUUUAAAAGAAUCUUUCCAUACUUCAAAUUUUGUUCUGUAAAGAGUUCUACCUUUUAACUUCUACAGUCCUUUGGCUCUGCUUUAAGCCUCAUUCCAUGAUUUUUUUUUUCUGAUCACAUUUCCUCAAAAAAUGCUUACUUCCCAACGUUUUUUGGCUAUUAUGAUCCCUUAGUAUUGCCUCAGACCACUUCCGGUGACUUCGUACUUGAUGUUGCAGAACCUGAUGUUUGCUGCAAAGAUGUGAAUUCCCUCACUGUUUAUGUCUAAAGGAGAUUCAAAGCCAUCAUUUUAACCUGAAAAGUCUUGGUUUCUACAUGUGCUCAAAGAAAAAAGUUAAAGACUCUCCACUUCUAGUGGCAAUUAUCUUUGGAGGAUGGGAAUUUUAGACACGGUGUGGUGGGAGUCUCCUAUUUAUUUUGUACACCUGGGUAUAAUUUGAGUUUGUUAUCAUGAACAUGUAUUACUUUUAUAAUUAAAAAUAUUAAGAUUUAAAACAACUCAUUUGACAAUGUAAGUGAAAAGCAAAUUCAAUAAAUCAAUUGAAUAAUUUUCUUAAAGAGGUUGUUUGGCAAUGAUUCGACCAAGCCUGUAACCAAAGUUUGAUUCUAUUUGAAUUAUUUGGAAUUAGUCAUUGCUCUACUUAUUCUCGGUCUUGUUUUCUGAAGUCCUUUCUCAAAAAAUUACGAACUUAUACAAAUAACAGUUAAUAAUAUUUUGUCCUCUUCUUCAACAGAAAAGCAACAAAUCUAUACACUUGGGAAAUAAUUAAUUUUGAUAUUCUUCAUUCCUGUAAUUAAUCUAGAUCUAUGAUUGUUGAGUUGUGCUAUCCAGUAUGGUAGCCAAUAACCAAAGGUAGCAAUAAAAUUAAAAAUUCAGUUCUUCAUUCACACUACCCACGUUUCAAGUGUUAACAGCCACAAGUGACUAGUGGCUACCUUAUUGAACAGCAGAUACGGAAUACUGGCAUCAUUAUAAAGAGUCUGACAGCAGUAGUCCCGGACAUGUAUUUUUAUUCUUCCCUUACCUACCAUGUGAUAAUAAUGGUUCAAAGU